UAUUUUAUUUUUUAUUUUUAAAAUUUUAAUCGAUUAAGUAUCGAAGGAUUCGAAACUGAAAGUAUUCUACCUAUUUUAAAUUUUCUUUGAUAAAUUUACUCAUGAUCUAUAUCAAUUUGAUCUUUAGGAGCACUCCAGAUCGAUCUCGCCGACUUCCCUACGGAGCCCUUCAGCAACAGACAAGAUCCCAAAUUCAAAUUGAAUAGCUAUCCUCCUCCCGAGGAUUCGGGAUUUGUCUGCAACCAGGCUCACGCAGGUAACAAGAAAGGGAAAAAAACCGCCGGUCCUCCGCCGAGGAGUCGAGGAAGGGAGAGAGAGGGCGAUGGGGAUUCGCUUCAUACUGCUGGUAAACAAGCAAGGCCAAACCCGGCUGGCCCAAUACUACGAGUACCUCACGCUCGAAGAGCGCCGCGCGCUCGAGGGCGAGAUCGUCCGCAAAUGCCUCGCCCGCACCGACCAACAGUGUUCUUUUGUUGAGCAUCGGAACUACAAAAUUGUGUACAGGCGAUAUGCAUCUCUGUUCUUCUUAGUAGGGGUUGACAAUGAUGAAGUAUGUCAUUCUGUUCUCUUGAAUGAGCUAGCAAUCCUAGAAUUUAUACAUCUAUUAGUCGAAACUAUGGACCGCCAUUUUGGAAAUGUGUGUGAGCUGGAUAUCAUGUUCCAUCUUGAGAAAGCACACUUCAUGCUGGAAGAGAUGGUAAUGAAUGGGUGCAUCGUCGAAACAAGCAAGACAAACAUUUUGGCCCCAAUUCAACUCAUGGACAAGGCAUCAUAGCUCUUUAAAUGUUGCUUGUGUAUCUUGCUGUUGAUCUGAUGAAAUCAAGUUCUGCACAGCACACGUGGUUUUGCUUUUUCUUACAUUGUUUUUUACUCCGAAAAUUUGUUCGCAGAUGAUGAAACUAGCUUGUUGGAAUAAUUGAUUGCAUAAGCAUUUUAUAGUAAAUCAUUGUUGAAAGGCAUGUCUUGGAUGACUCA